AUGACCGGAGAACUGAAAAUUCUGUUCAUACCCGUGGACGCCAUUGGACAUGUAAACUCGGCCAUUGGCAUAGCCCAGGUACUUUUAGAUGCCGGGCACCAGUGUAUAUUCGCCAUCAAUAACCAAUGGAAAGGUAGACUAAUUAAGUACGGCUUCCAAGAGGUACUACUUACUCAACCGGGACGUCAGGAAAAUGUCGACCCUGCUCAGUACUGGUCCGAGCUAUUCGUGAAUGUAGGCGCUAUUAAAGCUACCGAUCCCUUGGAAACUCUAAUAAGUAUACAGAAAAAUUUAUAUCCCGUUAUCAUUGAGCAAACAAAGGCCAUGGAUCCGGUGAUUGAGAAACUAUUGGUGCAAAUAGCACCCGAUGUUAUUGUCGUGGAUCUGGCCUUUGAGAUCCCCGCGGUAGCAAGGUCUGGUAUACCCUGGGUGUUUACCUGUAGUUUUAAUCCAUUGAUGGCCGGGUAUGAUGAACGGGUACCACCGCCUGGAUUAGGAUUGCCAUCCAUUGGCCUCAGCGGUCACCAAAACGAGUGGAAUCGGUGUCGACAGGCGCUCAACUUAGCCGUCCGGGACCACUGGUCAGCCUAUAAUAAAUGGGUUCAAUCACGUGGUCUACCAGCCCUACCUGAUUACCACUUCUACCACGGCUCACCCUAUCUCAAUAUAUACGGCUAUCCACUGGAGUUGGAUUACCUGGAUAUGAGAUCAAUGCCCCCGAAAUGGCAUCGAUUUGACAAUCUUAAGCGCACGGAACGGGAGGGU